UGAAUGGCGGAUAUGCCUGAUUGGCAGGCUCGAGGUACAAACCCGGCGGGGUGGGGUGGAGCCCUGUUCGUCGUAGGCGCAGCUGGGGCUGACAGUGUACCCAGUGGCUGUCGACGGCUUGUGGCAGGAUGGCCGUGCCUGGCUGGGAGCGCGCCGCCCGGCUGCUGCUCUGCGCUGCAGGUCUGGCGCUGUCUGUGUACGCCUUCCAUGUAGAGACUUCCAAGGAGAAGGACGCCGCCUACCGGGCCAUGUGCGAUAUCAGCUCUUCUAUCAGCUGCUCUCGAGUCUUCACUUCCAGGUGGGGUCGCGGUUUUGGUUUGGUGGCCAGCCUCUUGGGACGUCAAAGCGCGUUCAAUCAACCUAACAGUAUCUUUGGGAUUGCCUUCUACAUCCUGCAAGUUCUCCUGGGCCUCUCCAACAGCGGCCUGGCUGCGAUUACGCUGGUGGGUACUUCAGUGGUCUCCAUUGCUGGCUCCCUCUACCUGGCCUACAUCCUCUUCUUUGUGCUGCAUGACUUCUGCGUGAUUUGUAUCAGCACCUACGUCCUCAACUUUGCCCUCCUCUUCCUCAACUACAAGCGGCUUGGCUACCUGAACGAGUUGAGACAACACCGUACAUUGAAGGCCAAACGGCAGUGAGGAGAGGACUCAUCUUGGACAAUCCUAGACAAAUUCUCACAUGGAUCUUUCCUGCCUGAUGUUUCUAGGACUGUUCUCUUUUUGUAGAAUACUAGCAUACUCAUUGAGCCUCGGAGCCUCUUCUCUCAGAUUGGGUGGGAUGGAGGGGGCGGGGGGGGGUGUCACUUUUCUCAGCAUUCCUUUUGUCCAAAUCUGCAGGGACUAAAUUAAGCAAGUCUGUGGAGCAUGAUCUCCAUUAUGGAAGUAAAAAGGAGGCCCUCUUCAGUUAUACUGAUCUACAGCUACAUGAAUCAAGCGCUUGCUUUUUUACAGAAGUAUUUUAUAGCUUUUAUUAAAAAACAAACCCAACCUGUUUAUACAAAGCAGUCUGUACACAUUUGGCUACUUCAGGUAAUUUUAAACUGAGGGCUAUUAAAAUUGUAGUGCAUACUCUGGCAGAGCCUACUAGUGAAUUUUGGUGUAGUUUAUCAAGCAAACACUGCAUAGAUAGCAGACGGAGCAGAAGCUACUACUUAGUUCCACCUUAAGUAUGGACAACUGAGCUUCCCUUUCUCCUGGUUAAUGUUUACACUGAUCAUCAGGCCUGCUGGGUAUUAACAGCUGUGCUUGAGAGAGCCUAUAAGUAGUUGUCUUUUGCUACAGCCAGUGAUGGUUCAAGACAUUUUGGGGGGGCCUGAGGCAGAACAUCCAAAAUCUCCCACCUCACUCAGGAGGUAAAACUUCCCUAUACAGUCCAGAACUGGAAACAAUAUUGACCUUACAGGUAUGGGGUACCAGUCAAAAGGCAUAAAAUUUAGGUUAUGAUUGACGCUGUGUACUACACAGAAAACUAUAUAGGAGAGACCCUGCCUGCAGUCACACGAUCUAAAUUGUAAAUUGUUUAUUAGACACAUGCACACAAUAGUUCUUCCUCAAGCUUCAGAGACAGUGAGCCAUCUCUGGCUUUGACAAAACACUCGAGUUGUGAAUGACCUAUUACAGUUCUUUAUUUUCAGGCUCAUUUUAGCACAGCUAUUAAGUAGAUCAGAGAAAGGUCCGAAGCACCCUUUAUGCUUACAGUUCAUCUGAAGUUGAAAGGUGAGGGAGAGACAGACAACCAUAAUUCCUGUUCCUUGCAAGAUGGAAAAGAUGUACAUGUGGGUGCACACACAUGCCAAAACCAGGGGAUGGUCUCUACCAGUUCAGUAGGUUAAAAAGCUGCAUUAUGUGAAAGAAUAAAUGCAGGAAGCACUGCUUGUAACCAAUUUUUAAAAAAACAUUGGUUGGUUGAGAUUCUAAUUAAAUCUGCAUAUAGCUUCAUACAAACAAAUACAGUACUGAAAGGAAGAUGCACAACUUUUUUUAGGUGAUACACAGCUAAGAUGACACUGGGUAUCUCAGAUAUUCCCUAUGUGAGAGAGAAAUUGGGAUGCCCUUUAAAUUUUAUCAACCCAUUUUCCAAGUACUUGUAUUUUUUAUUUUAUUUAAAAAAGUUCUAAUUCCCAACAAAGUGGUUGCAGCUUUAUAAAAAUCAUGGCUAGUCUUUUAAUAGAUUGAUCAGUCAGGUUGAUUUCUAGCAUAAAUUUAAAAAGCCAGUACUAUAAAGUAAAGACUAUCAGCAGAAAACACUUGGUAUUCUGUAUUUGAAUUUUGGAGUAGAGUUCCUCACCUCUACUUUCACUCUUUCAUAUUGUAAAGGUGAGAGUGGCCAAAUUAAAAGAUAUAUCCAACCACCA